AUGGCAGAUCAACAGUUUUCGGAUCUAGAGAUUUUACAAUUAGAUCAGAUUUCAUUUGUUUCAGUUUCAUUCGGAUGUGUAGGUGCUUUGUUUAUCAUUAUAACCUAUAUAUUGUUUAGAGAUGUUCGGUCGUUUGCUUCGACAUUGAUAUUCUAUCUCAGUAUAUGUGACUUGAUGGCGGCACUAUCAUACCUACCAUUUGGGAGAGGUUCUAAAAUGGCAUGCGACAUACAGGCAAUGGGAUUACUCUUUUUUUUGACAUCUUCCUACUUUUGGACAAUGUGUAUAUCAAUAUCACUUUUCUUGGUAUUCUUUACCAAUCGAUAUGAACUAGGUUACCUAAUGAAAUAUUUUCAUUAUAUAAACUGGGGAAUACCUUUAGUUUUAACAUUAAUCUCUUUAAAGUUUAAUAUAUUUGGUAUAACUGGAUCUUGGUGGAAAAUAUCACAACACGCCAAUACUAUUGUGUCGAGGAUGAAUGUUAUAGUUUCAUUUUAUAUUAUAGCCUUUGCAAUCUCUCAAUUACCAUCGAUUAUCAAUAGUAUUCAGAAUUUCUCAUCACCAAACAAUCCUGUUUUUGGUUUAUUCGCUUUUCAAUUAAUGUUACAACCAUUACAAGUAUAUGGAGUGAAUGAAGGAUUUGUUUCAAGAUAUAUCGAGUUUUUUGAAAAGUAUGUUUGUAGAUGUAGAAAGAGUAGAGAAUAUAAAGAUACACUAUUGGAUAUCGAUAGGGAGAGUCUGAUCAUCACCUACGAUGAUGACGAUGAGUUUGACUCACUCUUGAAUAGCAACAGUAGUGGUAGUAGGAGAUCAUCUCAAUCACAUCAACAACUACAAAAUAUAAGUGAAAUUGAUGAUUUCAUAAUUGAUGACUAUAACUAUAAUAAUGAUAAUAUUUAA